AGCACGUGCAACAUAAAUUAAAAAUUAGUGUUGUUUACAGCUCUUAUCGUAUUUAAUACAAAUGGAAGAAACAAAAGGAUUUUAUGAUUUAUGUAUACCUUUUAACAAGGAUGAAAGGGUUUUAAGAGAGAUAUGCACUGAAUUAGUAGAUUUGGGUUAUGGGACAAUAGCCAUUGAACAAGUUUUUGAUCACAGUAAAAAGGAAAAUGUUAAACGCUCAUCUGAUAUAUUUCCCGAACCAGUUAAUAUUGAGUGGCUGAAAGAUGAAUAUAAAAAUAAAUUGAAAAUAUUACAACGGUUGACCAUUAUUUAUGUAGAUGCUGCAGUUGCUCAUGCCAUGGGAAAUUCCUUAAAUCUCAAAAAGUACAAUCUGGUGGCCGGCCAACCGAAGACAGAUGCCGCUUUGACACACUGUUGCACUACAUUCAAUGGCGAUAUUGUGACAUUCGAUGCUCAGGCUGGUGGCCGUAUCUUUGUGAAUCGCAAAGCCUAUCAAGUGGCCGUGAAAAAAGGUGUAUUUUUUGAAAUUAAAUAUUCUCCCCUGAUUACAGAUUCCAAUUUUCGAAAAGAUAUGAUCAAGAUAGCCCAUAAUUAUUUUGUAAAGGGAAAAUCCAAGAGUAUUAUAAUUAGCAGUGGAGCUACUAACAGAUUUGAACUGAGAGGACCCUACGAUGUGGCAAAUUUAUCAUUUAUAUUUGGUUUAUCUGAAGAUCAAGGCAAAUGUGCCAUUGACCGGUUUUGUCGACAACUAUUUCUAAGAGCAGAAUCGAGACGUUUGGGUAAAACCAUAAUGUUUGUUAAAUCGUCGGGACCGAUAGUAUUCUCGGAUUCGUCCUCUGAAAGUGAGGAGGAUGAUAUAGCUGAUAAGAAUGAUGUGAAUGUUAUUACAUUUAUGAAAUGCUCAUCUGAGUCAGAUGAGAAAAAUGAGGAGGAACAACCAAUUAAAAAGAAAAAACUUUCCUAAUAUAAAUCAAAGUUGUCUUUGGUUUGAAACCAGAAUAUUAAUUAAAAUACAAAACAUUGAGUGUA